AUGUCCAUCACAAAGCUUCCGCUUCGCCACCUUACCGCACGGCUCGUCAUCUCUCCGGCACCAGCAACUCUGGGUGAAUCAACUGCUAUUCUGAAGAAGCUCCAAUCCCUUGGCCCAGUCCUCUCCUUCAAGACGUGUCGCCCCUCUAUUGCUAGCAGUGCUGAGCGGCUCGACGUGGAGAUUGUUUUCUCGUCCCGUGCCACACUUGAGAAAGCUCAACACGCAAGUCCCUUCACCGUCAAAGUGAACUACCAGCUUCCCGACGCGAGGCUCCAAGAUCCCUACAAUGUCCGCAAUCUCCAGUCGAGACGACAGCCUCAGCCCAAGAGUAUGACCUGUCUUGUCCACUUGAACGACGGGUGUGAGCUUCCUGGUCAGAAUAUUCUUUCUGACGGCUUCUCGCCGAGUCUCGAUACCAGGUUAUAUCAGAGUCUAGCCGACUUGAAUCCACCGCCUAGUAUUGCAGCUGGGCUGGGCGUCUUUGACGUUGACAGCAUGCACCUUCGCUCAACCGCUCAGCUUGUGGACAAGCCUCCAGAACUGAUGCAAAUGUAUCGGUCUCAAACCUCGGACAAGCCCAAAAAUCAUCCGGCUCAGUCUGCAAGCUCUGGCGUGCGUGGCGACAUACCAGUAAAUCAACAGUAA